AUGCGCGGUUUCGCAGCACUCGCGGUUUGGUUGUGUGCUUUUGGUGCCUCCGGUCUAGUACGUGCAGCCUCAGAAACUUCGUUUGAGACGGUGGAUACAGAGAAUGGACCUAUUACCGGACAUCGGUCAGCGAAAGUCAAUGAUGUCUGGGAGUACUUGGGAAUCCCGUAUGCGACGCCACCACUGGGGGACUUGCGCUUCGCGGCGCCACAGAAGUAUAAGGGGAACGGCUCGUACAAGGCAGAUCAUUUUGCGCAGGGAUACGACUGCCCCCAACAGGCCGCCGUCCAGCCUGCGUUUCCGGGGUUCACUGCUCAAGCGCUGAGGAUAUUGGCGUACUUCACGGGUGCUGCCAAUACUACUCGGAGUGAGGAUUGUCUGACAUUGAACAUCUGGGCCAAACCAACGAAAAAGUCUCACAAGGCAGAUAAACCAGUAUUCAUCUUGUUCCAUGGAGGACGCUUUGCCGGUGGCAACACCAACACCCCGUUCGCCAACGGACAGUACCUCGCUGACACGGAAGACAUUAUUGUCGUCUCAGCAAACUAUCGCCUCAACGUCUUUGGCUUCCCAGGCGCUCCCGGCGCCGACACCAACCUAGGCCUACGCGACCAGCGCCUCGCCGUAGAAUGGGUCCAUGCAAACAUUCAAAGUUUCGGCGGCAACCCCCAGAAGAUUGUCAUUGGCGGACAGUCCUCCGGCGGCGUCGGCGUAGACUGGUGGUCCUACGCCUACACUUCGAACGCCCUUGUCCACGGUCUAGUCUCAACGUCCGGCAACGUCUUCAGCUUCCCAAUGAAUACUCCCGAGAGACAGGUCGCCAACUGGUUCGCACUGUCCGCCUCUUUGGGUUGCGGCAAUGCCUCUUCCCCUGCAUCUAAGACUCUGGCCUGCAUGCGCGGCCUCCCCUUCUCCACCAUCUCUGCCGCCGUGUCCAAAAUCGCGCCCAGCCCCGGCGGCAGCCCCGUCCGCUCUACGCCCCCGUUCUACCCCAAAAUCGACAACGAGACUGUCUUUGCGGACUACGCUUCUCUCGCUUCAGCGGGGCGAUUUGCCCCGCUGCCCUACUUCCACGGCCAUAACGACCACGAGCAGGGCUACUACGUGAUCCCAGCAUACGCGCAGGGUCGCAACGUCAGCGACACACAGGCCGCGCAGUUCUUGCUGGAGUCCUUCGUAUGCCCAACAUCGUAUGAGGCGCGGCGCCGUGUGGAGGCGGGUGUGCCGACGUGGGUGUAUCGGUACUUUGGUGACUGGGAUAACACAAGGUUGUAUCCGACGAGCAGGGCGUAUCACGGGACUGAGCUGCACAUGUUGCUGAAUAGCUCUGUGGAUGCGAGUGGGCUUCCGCAGACGGCCGCGCAAGAAAACACCGUGAGGUUAUUUCAACGUGCUUUGGCCGCUUUUGUGGAGGAUCCUAAGGAAGGGUUAGAGAAGCUUGGGUGGCCGAAGUUUGAUGCUGAGAAGGCGAGCUGGGGGGAGGUUGCGAUCGGGAGCCAGGCUGGAGUGACGUUUGCGAGGCCGCAGAAAUACGAUGCGGGAUGUGGGAAUGUUACGCUGGGGGCGCUGUCUACAGGGGCGUGA